AUGUCGACCAAUAGCAAGUCCUAUUUCGAGUCCGAGCGGGAGAGGCUUACCCUCGAGAUCACCAAGGCAUCCAUCUCUUCUCAGGGUUUCGAACAAUUGCUCUCGUCCUCGAACGAUCUGAACCGCAAGUUGGAAGAAGCGCUCGGUAUGACGAGAGAAUACGACAACAUCGCGGAACUCUGGAACUCUUUCCACCAACUCAUGCGCCAGAGCGGGAGCGGGCAGGGCGACAGCAAUGGCGCGGAACGCGGCGCUGGACUGCCUGGUACCGGAGGUCAUAUCGUGAAAGAGUCACGCUCACAACCUUAA